GUCUAGUUUCGAGCUAUGCUGUUCUUAUCACGAUUUGCGAUAAGACGUGAGGGGUGGAAUGGAGUGGAAGAAUGGGCAUCCAGUGAAAUGUCGCAGCCCUCCCUCUUUUCCCCUACAGCGCGGCGGACGAGCGCCUCACUAGCGGAAGCAGGCGCUACCAUUUUGAAACACAGCACCGCUUAGAGCCAUGGACAAGAGCAACACGGUGAAGCUCUUCGUGGGGAACCUAGCAUUGGACACCACCCAGGAGGAGCUGUCGGCCAUUUUCGAGUCCUACGGCCAGGUGGUGAGCUGCAGCGUACUGCGGCAGUUCGCCUUCGUGCACCUGCACGGCGAUGGCUCGGCAGAGCGCGCCAUCCGCGAGCUCAACGGCCGCGAGUUCCGCGGCCGCAACCUGGUGGUGGAGGAAUCCCGCGGGCGGCCCCUCCACUCCACCAAGGUGUUUGUGGGCAACCUGAGCGGCAUGUGCACCACGGAGGACCUCCAGGAGCUCUUCCAAACCUUCGGCAAGGUGCUGGAGUGCGACAAGGUCAAAGCCAGGCAUUCCUCUUCCGCAGGCUACGCCUUUGUCCAUAUGGAGAACAAGGAGGACGCGCUGCAGGCCAUCGAGGCCCUCCACGGCACCUCCUUCAAGGGCCGCCCGCUCUCCGUGGAGCUGUCCAAGGUGCAGCCCAGCAAGCAGACGCCCACCGGCAAGAUCCCCUGCGUGAGCUGCGGCAAGCAGGGCCACUACGCCGGCGAGUGCCCCGCGGGCAAGUCCUCCCUGGAGCAGUACCAGAGCCAGGCUGCCGUGCUGGCGGCGGCGGCGGCGGCGGCGGCGGGGCUCCCGCUGCAGGUGCAGCAGAGCGUGCACAACUCGGUGUACAACACGUCCACCUUCGACCCCACCUACGCCGCGCUCACGGGCCUCACCACGGGCGCGCGCAGCGACGGCAACCCGGUGAACCAGGCGGUGUACGGCGCGCUCGCCAGCCAGGUGUACGGCGCCAACGUGGCCAACCAGCUCUACGGCACGGUGGCGGCCAACCAGGCGGCGCUGUCGUCGGGCGCCACCCAGAUGUACAGCCAGAUGGGCCACAACCUCUACGGCCAGGUGGCCAACCAGGCGGCGGCGCACGCCCACGCCUACAGCACGCCGGUCUACGCCCAGGCCAUGGGCAACCACCCCGUGUACCUGACGGCCGGCCCCGGCCUGGAGAUGCAGGCGGCCGUCAACCCGGCGUACACGGUCGCCCCGGCCAUGUACGGCGGCGGCGGGCCGGCCUACGCCCACAUCAGCGCCAUGGGCGGGAUGGGCGGCGGCGACCCCACCCAGGCCAUCCUGGAGGCGGCCCGCCAGGCGCACUACUUCGCCCAGGGCCAGCACGUCCUGCACGACCACCAGGUGGCGGUGGCGGCGGCAGCUGCCGCCGCCAAGUCAGGCGAGCGGGACCGGAGCCCCCUGCGGCGCUCCAUGCCUCUGCUGCCCGACCCGGUGAUGAAGCCCUUCAUGUACCAGAGGGCCAACAAGCCCCGGCGCCCGCUGCUGCCCACGCCGGCCGGCCGCGCCGCUGAGGAGGCUGCCGAGGCCGCCGAGGACCCCAUGGCCAGGUACUACGCAGAGUACUACCAGCAGCUGCAGCAGUACCCACAGUUCCAGUACGCCUACCCGCCGCCCACGGGCGCCAUGCAGGCGAUGCCGGUGGGCGCCAUGCCCCCGCAGCCCGUGGCCACGCUGGAAGCCCUCCGGCCCUCGGUGGUGCCCGUGGCCGGCAUGGCCGCCGGGCCCAGGGUGUAUGAGCCGCCGUUGCCGCCGCCGCCCCCCUCCGCCCCGCGCAAGGAGGCCGUCCUCCGUCGCCCCGAACUCUCCCUCCACGCCCCCGAGCCCCCCUACCGAUAGUCCUUUGUUUUGGUUGUUGUUGAUUUGUUUUUUUUUUGUUUUGUAUUACGACGCACGUGCGCACGGACACACACACACACAAAAACCUACGCACACCUACAAGCACAGCUCCCUGUGGGGGGUGCCCCCCGUGCCCGUCCUUCUACUGCUUCCCCUCCCAACCCCCACCACCGCUCAACUGUACCACAUACAUACACACACACACGCACCUGUACACACCGCAUUACACAACUCCCCGAAAACCUUUAUCUGUUAUUUCCUCCCUGAGCUUAAGCACCUCGUUAUAGCUGUGUGUGUGGAUGUGUGCACAUCUGUUUGUGUGUGUGUGUGUGUGUGUGUGUGUGUGUGUGUGUCUCUGAAAUAAGGUAUUGGGGUUGGGGGUUGGGUUGUGAGCUGCCGUGGUACUGACCGCUAGGGUGCUGUGCAGAAAGGGACACGCACCCCGCCUUCCCCUGGCCUGCUCCGAGGGCAUUAGUUAUGUUUCACACUUCAACACAAAGUUGUGCCACUAACCUCACACACAUGUGCCAGUAUAGCAGCCAGCAUAGCAGUCGUAUCCUAUCACAUAUGCCUUUUUAUACACAUGUGUAUGCAUCUAUAUAGAUAUAUAUCACACACUGUACAUUGAUCCUUUUUUUAAAAGCCAAAGCCUUUUUUUAUGGAUGCACUGAAUUUUCGGCCGAAAUACUUAUAUCUUGUCUUGUGUGUUCCAAUGCUUUAUUAGGUAGCCUAUUAGGUUUGUAUAUAUAUUUUUUUAUAUAUAUACAAAAUAACUCGGUGUUGGCCUCAACACCGGUAAUACCGUAUACCGCGGCAACCCUAAAUGGUACAUUGGCGUAAUAAUUUAUUUCGGUGUUUCGGUUUUCGGCCUUGGUUUCCUCAUUUUUGGUUUUCAGUUUCGGCCAAGAAUAUUCAUUUCGGUGCAUCCCUACCCUUUUUAGUUGUUUAUCAAUCAAUCCACCGCCUCUCCUUUGCAAAUGCACCAGGGCAGCUCGUACUGCUAUUAAUGAAAGAACAGCGACCCUGUCGGCCUUCUGUUAGGUUUCUCAUCAGUUCACCACCCAGACCAGGGGCCGGGCUGUGGGGGGCUGAGGAGCACACCACUGUCUAGCGGGCGGGACCACGGUAGUAGUAUUUGGCUUGAAUGAAUGCCGGGUUUCUGGUUCCCCCCGGGAGGCGAGUGAGUGAGUGAGUGAAUGACAGCGAGAGAUUGUCGUGUUGCACAUGUUCAGAAGCUGUGAUGAUGAUGACCCCGAUCAACCACCCAUCCCCCCCCUCUCCCUCCCCCUUGCAGCGCACAAAACUCACACACAAACCGCCUGGGAGACGAAGAACACAAAAACAAAGCACAGCUGACGUGUACUGUAAUGUCUGUUGGAUCUUUCCUCCUCAGCCUCCCCCCUGCCUCCCCCUCCCACACACUCGCUGUAACUAGGGCUCCCAAAAGACACUGGCUCCUCUCUCUCGCUCUCUUUCUCUCUCUAUCCUUAUCUCUUUCUCUACCUCUGACCAUGACAUUUUCAGCGGAGACAAUAGCAUUUUUUCCUUAUCAAUCUGGAUGUUGAUUCCUGGUUGUUACCAGUUAACAUACCAGCUUUUUGCUCCUUAAAAGGUUUGCUGACAGUGCAGUGUAGUUGUCAAGACACACACCUGUGUGCUUGUGUAUAUAGUCUUUCAGUGUUUCAUACAGAGGCCUUUUUUUUUACCAAUGUGUUUAUACCGUUCAUAUUGUUUACUGUUGAUUUUUGUUUCCUCUUUUGCUUUGCUAGCAUGUAAUCCAAGUCAGCGUUUUUAACUGUAACAGCAUGAACGGAGAAUGAGUGGUUUACUAAUAAUCCCUUCAUCUUCUUCUUCGCCGCCUGACUUCGUAACCCUAGCGACGAGGUUAACCAUGUGCCUAACAGCUUUCUGAUUUAAGUGCAUUUAGUGGGGUUAAUUCCCAUAGUUUUUUAAGUGCUUUCAAUAUAUUCCUUUUUAAAUCGUGCAUGGGUCCGAGGGGCCAAGUGUUAAAAGAACAUUCAUUAAAGAAAAUAAUGGACAGAGUGCCACUUUGAAGCAUAGCAGUCACCAGAGGCUAUGAGUAAAGCACAGUAUGGAGCAGCCUGUAAAGGGGUUUUGUCGUGGCAUUGUUUUUAUAUUUUUAUCAUACAAAACUGGGCCUCCUGCCUACUUUCUUUCUGUCGUCUUUUUAAAGAACAUUGAAGGUGAUGAGGCCUGUGGCAUUAGUACCAAUGAACAGAGAGAGAGAUCGACCAGUGUCUUCUAGCAAGCCUAAUUGUUACCCCCUUUUCCUAUAGAGCAGGCCUUGAACAGAACAAAUGGCAUUUGUUAAGAAAAUGGGUACCGUUUCUAAGGAAACAAAUCAAUCACAGAAAGAAGGUGCUGAGGGAUCCUUUGCAAAUGCCAUUUGGCCCCUGGUCUGAUUAACACAAUACCCCCCCCCCCCCUUCCCCCCCGGGUCGCAGUUCUACCCCCAACCUCCUGUGGUUCGUAGUGGACUAUUGCAUCUCACAAUGUAAUCUCUCUGUUGUAUUGUAUGUAUAGGUUUAUAUAUACAUAUAAACAUAUAUACACAAACGAACAUACUUAUUACAUAAUUCGUAUAAAUAUAUGGUUGCGAAAUGUGUUGUUUGCCAUGUCUUAGACCGUAUUUCUUUUUUAGAGAUUUUAAUUUAGCCUUUUUUUUUAAGAAAAGUUUAAGAAGUAAAGAACUGGCAUGCUUUUUAUUGGACAUAUGUAUGCUGUACUUGCCAUUAUAAUAAAGAAGGUUUCGCUCACAACUGUGGUUAAAACAAAACAAAAAGGAAACGCAAAGCAGUACAAGGGUUUGGACGUUUCCCCAUUCUUCCUGUUUACGUGUUUUCUUUCUUUACUUCCUGUUGCCCUUGUGGAAAGCGACCACCAGACCCACUUGACACAGUGGCAAGCCCCAGGGGGAGACAGGUGUAGACGCUGGCCCAGCUAAGGUCUCUAUGGUCAGGGUAAGUCUGGGUUGGUGCUCCUUCCUCUCUCCAGCUUCUCUCCCGACUGUGUGCACGCCGCCUCCUCUGUCGCUGGACACCAGCCGUAGAACGCUUUUAGAGACCUCUCUUGUCGACCAAUUGACCAGAACAACAACUACCACAACUGUUGUCCAUUUUAAUGUGGUUGCAGAGGUUUGGGGGACUUGGGUUAUACGUGUACACACACACGCACACGAAUGCGAGUGGUGAAACGCUGGGGAGAGGCACACAGAUAGAAUGGCGUGGGGCGCAUUUUGA